AUGUCCAAAGCCACUCCUGUGAAAGCGAAGAGGACUAGAUCUGCUUCUGCUGCAAAGAAAAAUGCUUCUGAAAAGACGGCCACGGCCGUAACAGCAACUGCAGCUUCAAAGAAGGGUAAGAAGGCGAAUACUAAGGCUGUAUCCAAUAUGAAGGACGAUAAGAAGAUUCCAGAAGAAAGAGUUUCGAAUGCUAUUGAACAGAUUUCCAAAUAUUUGUCUUCUAAGGAGGAAUCCAGCUCUACUUUAAUAGACGAUAACGAGUUGACCAGACAACUGCAAUUGAUUUUUACAAACGCCAAGUCUUACACAGACUCCUCUAAAAGAUUCAAGCCAUCGUUGCUCCCUGUAAAGCACUCUAUAUUUUCAGCAUGGAAAAAGGCCAGUGUGACCUCUGUGAAAGAUUUUAAACUGUUGCUAAUUCUAAAGGACCAGGACAAAGACCAAAUUUCCAUGGAUGAGCUCCACGAGCUAUUGGAAAAACCUUUCAACAUCAAGGUUGACCAAAUUAUUGUAGGACAAGACCUGAAGACUAAGUAUAAGGCUUUUGAAAAACGCCGCGCCCUUCUUUCCGAGUUUUCACUUAUCCUGGCUGAUGACUCCAUCAUUACUUCUCUACCCAAAUUACUAGGUGGUAAAGCAUAUGAAACAAUCCAAACCACACCUGUACCCAUAAGAACAGGCAAGGCGGGGGUUUUCAACAAAACCACAACCGUUAACUCCAUCAGAAAAGUCUACGAUUCAAAAAUCCCUGUCUUGUUCCCACGCGGCACAACCUUAAACGUCCACAUGGGUAACCUGGACUGGUUCUCCAUCAAUCAGCUAUGUGAUAACAUCCUCUCCGUCUCCGAUGAACUAAUCAACUCUCAGCAUAUCAGAGCCAUCUUUUUCAAAUCCAACGACUCCCCUGUUCUUCCUCUCUACUACAACCAGACCGUUCUAGACGAACUCUCUGCAAACAAGGAAAACGACUCCCAACAGCAGUCUUCCGCUGCCACCACAGUCACUAUCGAUGGUGUCGAACUAGCACUUUCCGCAUUCGACAGUGCCUUACUACAGAUCGCUAACCCGGAUGACGUCGCAGGAAUCUUCUCAAAGCAACUAAACAAAGCCAAGAAGAGACAACUAUCUAUAGACAAUACAGACACUGAACAAGUUUCUGCGUCAAAAAAGGCCAGAAAGUGA